UCACCUCCUUGAAUAUGUCUUUUUCAGUCAUUUCUCAGUUGACUAAUGUUUCACGAUAAACGGCAAAUCAUGUUAGGGUGUAACUGCAAAUACUUUUAAAAAAUGAGGGAUGAAAGCGUAAUAUGGGAUAUAUUGAGGGAGGGAGUAUUUGUAAUUAUACCACUUAUGGAAAAACAAACAAAUUAUCCGAAAUGAUUACCGGCACCGCAACUGCCAUAAUAAGCACAAAUACAUUGGAGGAGGAAGAGAUAGGAUUUAGGUAGCAAUUUUCUACAAAUAUAAUCUUAGAAACUUAAACCUAAGUUAUCCAAAAUCACAAUACGAAAACAACAUAUUCAUACAAAUUAAAAACAAAGAUUGUGAUGAAUAUGUUACUGUGAGAUAGAGACAAAAUCGCAAGAAGAAAUGUUGUUCUCGCAAGAACAACAUAUUCAACAUAUUCGCAAGAAGAAGCAAGAAGCGAAGUGGGCAGCUGUUACUGUGAGAUAGAGACAAAAAAAACAAAAAGAUGGAGAGCAGAGAAGACCUGAAGUCGGUGAUACCAUUUUUACCUCUUGUAAUUCGAUCAUCAGCUCUUUCUUGGCCAUCUCAAGUUGUUGAAACGCUCAAAGAGCUCUCCAGAGGACCAGAUUUUAGCAAUGUCAACUCUGGAGAAUUGUUGUUCUAUGCAAUCUCCGAUCUCAGAAAUUCUCUCUCCCUUUCUACACAUUCUCUCGCUCCUUCUGCCCAACAAGGUUAUGCCCUCUUCUUUGACGAGCUGAUUUCUCGGGCUGAGUCCAAAAAAUGGUUUCAAGAGGUUCUUCCAGCAUUGGCUAAUUUGGCCUUGCGCCUGCCAUCGCUGUUAGAGUUGCACUAUCAAACUGCAGAUAGCUUGCUUGAUGGGGUCAAAACUGGUCUCAGGUUGUUGGGUCCGCAAGAAGCUGGCAUAGUGUACCUCAGCCAGGAAUUGAUUGGUGCUCUUCUGGCAUGCGCGUUCUUUUGUUUAUUUCCAGUCACUGGUAGAGGUGUAAGACAUCUUCCAGUGAUCAAUUUUGAUCAUUUGUUUGAGAUCCUGUAUGAUAAUUACAGUGAGAAGCAGGAAAAUAAAAUCAAGUGCAUAAUACACUAUUUUGAAAGGAUAUGUUCAUGUACACCUGUGGGCUCUGUCUCAUUUGAGCGGAAGGUUCUGCCUUUGGAACAACUUCCGGAGUGUAUUUCUUAUCCUAAAGCUGAUUUUUGGAAUGAAUCUGCCGUACCACUCUGCCCUUUUGAGGUGCACAAUUCAGGCUUUAUAGAAGAUCAAAUCAGUGAUGCUCUUGAAGUGGAUUUUGCGAACAAGUAUCUUGGAGGUGGUGCACUUCAUAGUGGCUGUGUACAGGAAGAGAUACGUUUCAUGAUCAAUCCUGAACUAAUUGCUGGAAUGUUUUUCUUGCCUUGCAUGGAAGAUAAUGAGGCUAUAGAAAUUGUUGGUGCAGAAAGAUUCUCUGAUUAUACAGGGUAUGCCUCUUCAUUUCGCUUUUCCGGUGAUUAUGUGGACAAAAGCAAUAUCGAUAGUUUUGGAAGACAUAAGACAAGGAUUGUUGCCAUAGAUGCAUUAUGCAGUCCAGGGUUGAGGCAAUAUGAACUUAAAUACCUCCUUCGGGAGAUCAACAAGGCUUUCUGUGGAUUUUAUGAUCAAUCUAAAUGUGACUACCAUAAGAGAUCAAUUCAACACACUCCUCUUCAAGGCACAUGGUCUAAACUAGAUAAUAACUUUCUGUCUAAUGAAGCUCCCUCAGCGUCUGCUGACACUGAAAUGUAUGAAGGGGAGCCUUUAAAUGGAAUGGUUGGAGAUUCUGACAAGAAGCAUAGUUCGUGUCUACGCAUUGAAGAUAGAGUUGGGAUUGCAACAGGGAACUGGGGUUGUGGUGCUUUUGGAGGAGACCCGGAACUAAAGGCCAUAAUUCAGUGGCUUGCAGCUUCUCAGGCAUCAAGACCUUUUGUUCUCUAUUACACGUUUGGCACUGAGGCACUGCGGAACCUGGAUAAGGUAAGCCAGUGGAUUCUGUCACAUGAAUGGACAGUGGGAGAUCUGUGGAAUAUGUUGGAGGAGUAUUCAUUUCAGAGGUUUAACAGGGAAACUAAAGUAGGCUUCUUUGCAUGGCUGCUUCCAUCGCUAAUCACCCAUGAGGCUGACACUUCACUUGUGUGAAUCACUCCUUGAAACUUUUUUGUUAGUUAUCCAUUUUGAUUGUCCUCCUGCUACUCUCUUAAUGUAUAAUAUCAUCUUCAGUUUCUCCUUUAAAAGAAUGGGUGUUCGCAAUUUUUCCCCCCUUUUAAGAAUUUAAUUCUACCAAUGAUGUUGCAUUUUGGGUGCCAUCUCUUUUGCAAGUCACUUGGGUUUCUAAUGGAAUUAGAUUAUUGCUGUUGA